AUGGUGGCGCUCAGCUUCGGGGCGCUGUCGCUGAGCAGCUCUCCGCAGGUGAAGAACUCCUGUCCGUUCUGGGCCGGCUCCUCGGUGAUACUCUCUGGAAUUAUAGGUUUAACAACUUGGAAAAGGCCUAUGAUACUGCUGGUCAACCUCUUUGUGCUGCUCUCUGUGGUUUGUGUCCUCCUGAAUCUCGCAGGAUUCAUCCUGGGCUGCCAAGGGGCACAGUUUGUAUCCAGUGUGCCAAGGUGUGAUCUGGUGGACUUAGGUGAAGGCAAGAUUUGUUUCUGUUGUGAAGAAUUUCAACCUGCCAAAUGUACAGACAAAGAAAAUGCCUUGAAACUCUUUCCGGUUCAGCCUUGUAGUGCUGUUCAUCUUCUUCUUAAGAAAGUCCUCUUCGCCCUGUGUGCUUUGAAUGCCCUGACCACCACUGUCUGCCUGGUGGCUGCUGCCCUUCGCUACCUCCAGAUAUUCGCCACCCGAAGGUCUUGCAUCGAUGAGUCCCAGAUCUCUGUGGAAGAAGUAGAGGACCACGGACGCAUCCCAGACCCAGAUGACUUCGUGCCGCCUGUGCCUCCCCCUUCCUACUUUGCCACAUUUUACUCGUGUACGCCCCGGAUGAACCGCAGGAUGGUUGGUCCCGAUGUCAUUCCACUGCCACAUAUCUACGGAGCUCGGAUCAAAGGAGUGGAAGUGUUCUGUCCUCUGGACCCACCACCUCCCUAUGAAGCUGUGGUGAGCCAGAUGGACCAGGAGCAGGGAUCUUCUUUCCAAGUGCCAGAAAUAUCAGAAGCUGCUGCGAGCCCCUUGGAACCAGUUGGUACACAAGCGACUCAAGGUGGGGACAUUUCUAGCACACCUGGAGAAGAAAGCGCAUCCUUACCGACUCCCAACUCAAACCCAGUUCACCCCGCGAGAAGCCGGAGAGCCCUGCCACCCCUACGGACCAGAUCAAAGAGUGACCCUGUGCUCCACCAUCCCGAGGAAAGAGCCACCCCAGUGCUCAGCUGCGAAGCUGCAACACAGACCGAAAGGAGACUGGACGUGGCUGCAGUGACCCUGAGGAGAGGGCUGAGACCGAGAGCACCACGAUACAGGCCCAGGUCUCUGAUAGAUUACAGGUCUUACACAGAUACCAAGCUGCUGGUGGCCAAGUUCCUGGAGCAGUCCUCCUGCAGUAUGACCCCUGACAUCCACGAACUUGUAGAGAACAUUAAAUCUGUUCUGAAGUCCGAUGAGGAGCACAUGGAGGAAGCGAUCACAAGUGCCAGUUUUCUUGAACAGAUAAUGGCUCCAUCACAGCCCAGCACGUCCCAGGCCCAUGUGCUACCCUUGAGAAGCCAGCCUGGCCUGCUGCACCUGUGGAGCUGCGGGGACCUAAGCACCUUCACUCCUCCCAUGGGGAGGCCCAGAAGCAGCAGGAGGCCCCGGAGAGUGGAGGCUGAGCGGCCACACAGCCUCAUCGGAGUCAUCCGCGAGACUGUCCUGUGAACCAGUGGGGAGAGAAGGCCGCUUCAAGGACAACGAUGCCCCUCUUCCCUGCUGUUCCCUUGCUGGGAGUUGAGGUCAUCCUCUGGGAACCCCUUGAAUAUGGGGCAUUCUGGAGCCCUUCUGUUCCCACUCUUUGGCUCCCCUUUUUGUGCACUGAGGGACCUUAAGAGUGAGCGAACAGGUUCUUCAGGCCUCUUGGGUUUUGGUGCACCGAGAUGGAGGGGAAGACAGUGACCUCUGUUCUCUGCUGGUUUUCACAGCAUUCCUGAGGCUCACACGCCCCGGUGUGGGCAGACACUGGGCCAGUGGUUCUGUGCCCACCUCACCCUUCCUGUCUCUCCUCAUCACCAAGUUCUUACCCUCAUUGGAAGGACAGAGCUGCUGGGCUGCUAUUUAUAGAUGCCUGAGGCCUUUCUCUGCUUAGUGAGAGAGGAAUUGGCAGGAGAUGUGAUGAUUAAUCCCCGUGUGACUGCAGUCCCCAGGCCUCCUUUUAGGUUUCCCUCAAAUCACACUCUUUAGGAAAAACAGGAAGCUUUUUUCAUUGUCAACUUUUAAUGAAAGACAUUUAAAGAGAGAAUUAUUGUUGAUUCCAUGUAUUUGUGCUUGCAAAACUAGAACACCUAAGGCAGAAUAGAGAAUAAAAAUGUUUACUUUGGA